CGAGUUCCCGGCCACUCUAUAAAAAGGGGUUCUGGGAAGCACUAGAAAAGUAAUUAAGAAGAUGGAGGAGAUCAAAGGAAGCCAUGGCAGGAGGCGAAAGGGAGGGUUGGUCACAAUGCCUUUCAUUUUUGCAAACGAGGUUACUGAGAAGUUGGCUGUGGUCGGAUUUUCUACUAAUAUGAUAAGCUACUUAACAUCUGAGCUGCAUAUGCCAUUAACCAAAGCAGCUAACACCCUCACCAAUCUCGGAGGAACUGCAAGCUUGACACCGCUGAUCGGCGCCUUCAUCGCCGAUUCAUAUGCCGGUCGGUUCUGGACUAUAACCGUUGCUUCCAUCAUAUACCAAAUAGGGAUGAUAAGCCUGACACUCUCAGCAGUACUCCCACAACUAAGGCCACCACCGUGUAAAGGAGAUGAAGUUUGCAAAGAAGCGGAUGCAGGACAGGUGGCUAUACUUUACGUAUCUCUUCUGCUAGGAGCCCUUGGAUCCGGAGGGAUCCGACCCUGUGUGGUGGCAUUCGGGGCAGACCAGUUCGAUGAAACGGAUCCUAAGCAAAACACCAAGACAUGGACCUAUUUCAACUGGUACUAUUUUGUAAUGGGGGUAUCCAUACUAGUGGCUGUGACAGUGCUUGUUUAUAUUCAGGAUAACAUUGGAUGGGGUUGGGGCCUUGGAAUUCCAACCAUUUUCAUGUUCAUGUCAAUCAUUAGUUUUAUUUUCGGGUACCCGCUUUACCGGAACUUGGAUCCGGCUGGGAGUCCAUUUACCCGGUUGGUACAAGUGUUAGUUGCUGCCUGCAGGAAGAGAAAUUUGCCUAUGGUUUCUGAUCCCAAGUUACUAUACCAAAAUGACGAGCUUGAUGCCUCUAUUUCCAUGGGUGGGAAGCUUUUUCACACUAAGCAAAUGAAAUUUUUUGACAAGGCAGCCAUUGUGACGGAAGAAGAAAAACACCUCAAAUCUGGGCAAACACCAAACUUAUGGAGGCUGAACACCGUUCAUCGAGUGGAAGAACUAAAGUCGGUGAUCAGAAUGGGGCCAAUAUGGGCUGCAGGGAUCCUCCUCAUCACAGCCUACGCACAACAAAACACAUUCUCACUCCUGCAAGCCAAAACCAUGAACAGGCACCUUACAAAGUCCUUCCAAAUCCCUGCCGCCUCCAUGUCCGUCUUCACCAUGCUCGCCAUGCUCUCCACAAUCGCGUUUUACGACCGUGUUUUCGUUCCGGUAGCCCGCAGGUUCUCCGGGCUCGACCGGGGCAUCAGCUUCCUGCUCCGGAUGGGAAUCGGGUUUGUCAUCUCCAUAUUAGCCACUCUAGUCGCCGGGUUCAUGGAAGUGAAGCGCAAAAACGCAGCUUUAGCACACGGGCUCAUUGAUCACCCGCAUUCCACCAUCCCCAUAUCUGUCUUCUGGCUUGUGCCGCAGUAUAGCCUUCAUGGGGUGGCUGAAGCUUUCAUGUCCAUUGGGCAUCUCGAGUUUUUCUACGACCAGGCUCCAGAAAGCAUGAGAAGCAGUGCCACGGCGCUUUUCUGGCUGUCAAUUUCAUUUGGGAAUUAUUUAAGCUCGCUUCUUGUUUCCAUGGUGCACAAGUUUACUGCUAAGCCAGAUGGAUCAAACUGGCUUAGAAACGACAACAUAAGCAAGGGGAAAUUGGAGUACUUUUAUUGGUUGCUCACGUUGCUGCAAGUCGCUAAUUUUAUUUACUACUUGUGCUGCGCCAAAUUAUAUACAUAUAAGCCUCUCGAGAUCCCAAAAAAGGAAGGUACUGGGAGCUCUGAAGAAGAUCAUGGGGUGGUGGAGCUUGCAGAUCGGGUUUGAUUAGUUGCAGUUUUAGGCGUAGUUGGGUCCAUAAAUAGUUUAAAUAUUGCCCCUGUUUUGCAGUGUCAUUUCUACGAAAUGAUUAUACUUGUAGAGAAAAAUGAGGGGAAUAACUAUAUAAUUAUGUCGUUUGAAUAAUGCGAGUUAACGUAAAAUAAAGGAUAGAAUGAAACAAAAUAUUAUUAGUAUAAUGUUCCAAA